UCUUCUACACACACUCAGUAGUGUAAUCUUGAACUGGGCUCGUUUAUUUCCUAUUAAUCGAUUUUCCAUUCAACCAUGGCUCAAGAACUAACCGAACUGUGCCAGUUGUUGUUCCCAGAUUCGAGCAGCGAAAAUGCAGAAUACUUCAGUGAAAUCAAUGAAUACAUCAAAAAACUGGGGUCACAAAAUUGGGAUCACAUAAGCAAAGAGCCAGAAAGAUUGACUGAAGAAAUGAACCAACUGACGGAGCAAACGCAAGACCUGGCAUUUACAAAUUACAAGACAUUUGUGGAGACGGCAGAGAUCUCGCGGACCAUCAUGAAGGACCUUGGGAAUUCUAAAGAAUCACUAUCAAAAUUCCUUGAGGCUACGCCUGACUUUAUACAGGAAUGUGAGAAUUUCUCUCAAAUGGCUGGAAAUAUUGUUAAGGAGAAAAGUCGCUACAGUUCCAUUCGCAACCAGAGUGAGAAGUUGCUGGAACUGUUAGAGUUGCCUGCGUUGAUGCGUGAAGCCCUCUCCGCCGAGGACUAUGAGAGCGCUUUGGAUAUCUUCACAUUCAUCCGGAACUUAUCUAAGCGGUAUUCUGAGAUACCCUUAGUUCAGAACACAACAUCCGAGAUCAUGACACUCUGGUUUGAGACACUAUAUCAUUUGUUCAAUCAGCUCCGAUAUGAUUUGCCGCUGCCGCAAUGCCUUCAGAUACUAGGAUAUCUCCGGAGAGCUAACACCGUAUACCGGUCGACGGAUGACGAUGGCAGCACUCAAUACACAGGAAGCAAAACUAACACAUCCGAUGGUCUACAUUUGCAGUUUUUGAAAGCCAGAAACGCCUGGUUCGAAAAAGCUUUGGAGGAUGCCAAUAAUACCGAAUCCAGCGAAAGACUGCUGAGGAGAAUAGUGGAGUUGCACCGAAUUCACCUGUUCAACGUUCUGACGCAGCACAAAUCGAUAUUUCUGCCCGACGCCCACGAGUCCAGGGCGAGAGAGGACGAACUGAACGGAACUAGUGCCUUGUCCUGUUGGUUGAAGCAAAAGGUAGAAGUUUUGGCACAAAUCCUAAACCGAGACUUGCAAAACGAAGACGAAUCCAACUUUGAAUCCCUAUUUAACCAGUGCAUGUAUCUCUGUCUCUCAUUUGGAAGAGUCGGCGCGGACAUGAGAUGCACUCUGACCCCGCUCUUUAGAAAAAAUCUUUUGGCACUAUUCUAUAAAGGAUUAGAAAAAGCGGAAAACCACUUCGAGAAUCAGAUGAAGUCAUACAAAGUGCCUACUAUAAAGAAUGUACCGCGACCAGUGAAUGAAAAUGCUUCUGGAGGGCCGCCAGAAAGUCUUUUAGACUAUUACCCGUUGGCUGAAUACUGCAAUGGAAUGUUGAUAGUACUGAACAUGUUAAGAAACACGGCUCCGUUGAAUAUAGUGAAAGAAGUUUACAAUGCAUAUAGGAACUCUUUGAGCCAGGCUGUUCAAGUUUUAACGGCUUUUUACCACAGAGAACAACAAGCUUUUACAGAUAUCGAGAGGCAAAAUUUUGUUUCGUUGUGCAUUUGUUUUACUGAAGAUUUCGUGCCGUAUAUAUCGAAGUGCCUGGCGCUGUCGUUCCCGUCCACACAGAUUGCGGAGCUGCUUGGUGUGACUUUGACGGUUUUGCAAGAAAGCAAGCUUCUGCAUAUUGACCAAGUUGGUAUUUGCGAGCCUUUGAAUAGUAUUACUGGGCUUAGUAUAAAUUGAAAUAUGAAUUUUAUGUGUACACAACGUAUUGUAUUAUAAUGUAUUUAUAAUCU